GGGGAAAUGAUGGGGAGACGUGUUUACCGUUCUGUCUGUGGACGGAAAGUUUGGGGGCGCUAAGCAAGUGGGAAGGCUAGCUAGAUCCUGGAAGAAACGGAGGUCCUCAGACCGAGAGUAUUAUUUUUUCUGUGGGCUGGUGUUAAAAUAAAUGUUCGACAUGAACGACGGUUGUGCGUCCUUCUUCGCAUCAUCCAACCGUCCAACGCACGCCGCCUCGCGCCGCAAUACGUACAGCAGUUUUUCAGUUGAUCUGGACGGAACUGAAGCGGACUCGCGUUUGCUUUAAGGUGAUGCACGCGGGCGGCGCGUGACGCGUGACGCGCCCCUCUCUCAUUGGCACCCAGCGGAACUUCCGCUAACGGAGACGCAGCCGCGCGCUGCGCCCUCAAGCUACGCUGCGCUCUACUGUAUUGUACUGUACACGGGGUGUCCACAUAUACCGCUGUUCGCAUGAAGGAGCGCGAGAAAUGGCAUCUACACCUCCACACAACUUCUCCUGGAUCGAGCCACGGAAGCUGGCCGGAAUGGCGAUGCCUCGCCUGCCUGCCCACUAUCAGUACUUGCUGAAUAAUGGGAUCAAACACCUGGUUUGUCUCUGUGAAAGGAAACCCCCGUACCAUGACACCUGUCCUGAAAUAACCCUGCACCACAUUAAAAUAGAAGACUUCUGUCCACCCAGGAUCGAUCAGAUCGAACGAUUCCUGUCCAUCGUAGAGGAUGCCAACUCCAAGGGUCAGGGAGUAGCUGUGCACUGCAUGCAUGGAUUUGGGAGGACAGGGACCAUGCUGGCCUGCUACCUGGUGAAGAAGAAGAAGAUCACGGGGGUAGAGGCCAUUAACGAAAUCCGACAGCUAAGGCGCGGAUCCAUCGAGACUCACGAGCAGGAGAAGGCCGUGGUGCAGUUUCACAGCCACAGUCGAUAAGUGUGUCUCGCUAACGAUACAUAUAAUGUACACAUGUCCCGGUACUGAUGCUUUCUUUGUAUUUUCUAGGGCACCUGUGGGUUACUUUACUUUCACUCUUCUUUCCAGUUCCCUCCUUACAGGUGUCGAUCAGGUGAACGCUCACGUUUCACCAGUACUUUACGUCCUAGUAAACAUUAUGUAGUUUGCCUUGAAUUGUGCUUUACGAUGAUCUGGAAACGAUUUCCCAAUAAUUUGCAAUACCUACGCUCUUGAUUUUUCUAUAAUCUCCAGCCUGCAAGCAAAUGUUUUAUUUCUGGUAACUUAAUUGUGGCAUUUUGUGUCACAGCAGACUUUUUUUUUUUUUUUUUAAAUGUGGUUCUUAAUGUCACUGGAAAAAUUAUUAUACAGAACUGGAGGGAUCAGAAGGACUUCUAUAUUACAUACGUGAAAUGUGCCAGGGCCAGAUGUAGCAGUCAAGUGUCCUUGAAAGUGCUAAAGAAUUAAUAUUGUUAAAUUAGGUAUAAAAUGCCACAGUGAUAUUCAUAUAACUUGGGAUGUUCUGAGCAGUUAUUUUUUACAAUUGUGUCAUAGAAGAUGAUAGCCAGGAUUUAUGGGAAACCGUUUAUUGCGUUGACAUUUACUGGGGUUCAUCUUGGGCUUAUUUGGGUUUACUUAUUUGGAUUCAUCAUGCUCAUCUUACUCAGUAUGCAGAAAUACAUUUUGUGUCUGCUGUCUUACAAGUUUUCUCACAUUUGAAGAGAAAUGCACUGACAUGUCCUUUGUGUUCCUUUUGUAAAUAAUAAAAUGAGCAUUUUC